AUGUUCUUCGAAACAACAUACGUACCUUCUCCUACCUUAUCAGCAAGCCCAGUAGAGCAGACAGAGCCGGUGCAAAAUCUUGCAGACAUUGAGCCUGAUUCUGAUCGACCAGUCGACCAUUUAAUAUUUGUCAUUCAUCAAACAGAACAAUACGGCCAUUUUUACGAACAUAGUAAGGUUACAACGUCGGAACCAAGUAUAUUAAUUUAA